GUCAAGCGGCAACCACACCGUGCUUGUUCUUGUCCACCCUCAACAUCAAUAUCUCAUCAUCAAAAUCGGGUGCAUGGUGAGUGACGGGCUCAGAGCACCGCCCGCUCCAGGCACCUUUCACGCCUAGCUGAACAGCAAACCCCGAUAUCAUCGCUGCCUGCCGUCCCGCUAAGCUCGCCUGACAAGUCGGCUCCACUAUGUUAGCAGUACAUAUCUUGAAAGCAAAGUCGUAAAACUACUUCAAUGGAGCCUUACGCCUACAAGUCGCUCAACAAAGGCGAGAUCAGAUUGCUGAGAUUGCAUCCCAAGAACAGCAUUGGAUCGCUAUCCGGAUCUCUCAUCCAUGUCCCGCUGACCAAUCCCACCUACUGCGAAGGAUCCGCAGACAGCGAACCGCAUCUUGAGCAUCCAUACCCAUACGAUGCAAUCUCCUACACUUGGGGCACAGAUGCCAGGAAACCGUUCAGUCUCGUGAUCGAUCACAAUCGAACCAUUGGGAUCACUGCGCAUCUACAUUAUGUUCUCCAGAAGAUCGUACAAUCCCAUACAAGCGUCCUUAUUUGGGUCGAUGCUAUCUGCAUCAAUCAAGCAAACCAAGACUCGGAGGAGAAGAGUCAGCAAAUUCUACUCAUGCCAGACAUUUACCGUAUUUCGAAGCGCGUACAGAUUCAUCUAGGCCCAGAAGCCAAUGAUAGCCCCCUUGCGAUCAAAUUCCUGGAGCACAUGGCGGAGUACGCGGAGUACCUAGACGAGAGUCUAAAUGUCUCAAAUUCGGAAGCAUACGCACUCGCCUUGGAGAUGGGAUAUAGCCCUCCCGUAGAAAGCGACAAGACGUGGAAUGCUCUGCGCUCUUUCUGGUUGCGGCCUUGGUUCCGCCGCAUAUGGGUUACACAAGAAUUGGUCAAUGCCCUGGAUCCCGUCAUCCAUUGCGGAGACCUGGAAAUCGACUGGAGAACUCUUUGGUUGGCUGCCCGCGUGUUCCAGAACAACAACCGUCUGAUGGAAACGGGUCUGACGAUUUUCACCCACCAUAUUGGCGUGGAUGCACUAGAGGGUGCAAAUUCCUACUACGCCAUAGCAGAUAUGCGGCUCCGAACCUGGGGUUAUAUGAGCUCAGCCUACAUAGUGACAGCUUGGGCACUAGGGGGGGACAAGCAGACUCCCGCUGGACUUCUUGGCCAGAGAGGUCUGCGCCCUCAUGAGAAGAUUCCAAUCCGACGGGAUCGAUCCGCUCUUUUGGCUUACGAGCGUUUGUCAAGGCCGAACGCGUUACGGGAUCGCGCAGCUGGAAGCAUCUUGUUCAACUCUAAAUACCCAGACUUGGUCACUAUGCUUAGCAGAACGAAGAUCUUUCUGGCUACUAAUCCAGUGGAUCGGAUCUACGCUCUACUAGGUCUUGUCUGCGAUGUAGAUCCGCACGAUCCGGACUUCAGGAUUGAGUACGCGGCUGCGCAAACCCCAGCCGUAGUUUGUCAGCGCUUCGCAGCUGGCCUCAUCAAAAGAAGCGAAGGUGCUGCUGUACUGGGUAUGGCUGGAACAACGAGGCAGGCAUGCCGAACCGUCUCUGAUAGUCCCUCCUGGGUUCCAGACUGGACAACUCCAAUACGUCCGAACGACUACGUAGUCUCCUUAAACUUCUUGAUGCACGGCCUUAAUUAUUCCGACAAGCAGUACGGAACUCCGACAACACGCUCGUUGUCCGCGGUGCCUUGUUUGACACCCUACUCCAUAUUACGAAGGGAAAACUAUUCGCCCCACCAACCUGGUACUUGAACAUUCUGCUGGCAUUUUCAGCGCCAGGGAUAGUCGCAGAAAGAGUGGAAGAGGCUCUUUGGAAGACUCUAGUCGCAAACAGGAC